AUGAAAAGCAUUGAAAUAUACGGAUUCAUUGGAUGGAUAUCUUCAUACAUAGUAUUUGUAGUUUAUUUAGCAUGGGUAUUCUUACCUGAAUCAGCAUUGCAUGUAAUAUGUUCCUUAAAAACUAAUCUAUAGUCAUUAGGAAUUCAUUUCUUCCCUUAAAAAUAUUGGGCUUUGGCAAUACCUAGUUUCUUUGUUGCUACUAUUUUUACAGUGAUAACUGGUUAUACAGCUUUAAAUUAUUGUUUCUGUAAUAACAUUAAUUCAUAUGAAAAUAUUGAAGGUAUAGAUUGAAUGAAAAAUCAUUCUAGACAAAUAUACAAGAUUUCACAAUCUCAAGAAAACAGAACUUCAUGAAGGAUUACCUGAAGUUUAUGACAUUCCUAUAAAUGUUGUGAAUAAUGUAUUAUAUUGGUAGAAGGAAAUGGUAGAUAAAUAUUUACAUAAACAUAAUAAUUAUUGAAUUCUAUACUAAAACUAUUUUGAAUUUGAGUAUUUAUAUACAAUAAUUAAAUUAACAGUUUUUCAUGGACCCAAAUAAGUAAAUCAAAUAUUCACAUUACCAAAUUACAGAUGCUGUUAAUUUCGGCGGUGUUUUGGACCCAGAAUAAUGCAAAUAAUUGGCUCAAAGAAUUCUUGCUCUUUAUGAUGGUAACUCUGAUGGAAAUAUUGAUUCUUUCGAAGUUGGAUAUAUGUUAAGUGAUUGUUAUAGAGCUAUGAAUAAAGGAUUCAAUCCAACACCUACAGAUAUUGCUUCAUAUUCCAGAAUCUUAGAUAGUAUCUAAAAUAUAUAACAAUAGGAAAGGGAACAGGAAGAGUCACUUUAGAAGACAUUGAAUAAUUGUGUUUGAAAUUCUUUGGUGCCAAAUCUGAUAAACAACCAUCAUAAUAUUGA